AGCGAGUUGUUAUUUCAUAGGAUAGCGAAGGCAGGUCCCACCUUACUCUGCCUCUGAUUGGCGUACACUAACAUUUAUACUAGACCUAACCAAUCCCACACAUCUUGCCGAAACCUACCCAACCCAACCAGAGCAGACAACGGAAGAGUAGGGCGGGUCAAGCCGUCUCCAUGUGCCUUCACCACCCUAGGAAAAGAAUUGUCGAGAGGAAAAAGACCAGCUAUAAUUCCGCUCAGAUAGAGAGGGGGAAGGAGCUGCCACUCUAUAAUGGACGCCAAUAAAGGUAAAGGGGAUCAAGGGACGCAGAAUCCAGGUGGGCAGAUGGACAGGCCUGUCAGCUUCCACUUCAUGGAAAGCAUGCUUCCUAAAGUAGUGAAGAGGCGAGUGCAUGCCUUGAAAAGGCUACAGGUGCAGUGUGCCAACAUAGAGGCUAAAUUCUACGAGGAGGUCCAUGAGCUAGAGAGGAAGUACGCCGCUCUCUAUCAGCCACUGUUUGACAAGAGAAGAGAUAUUGUCACCGGAACAGCGGAACCCACAGACGAAGAGUGCGAGUGGCACAGUGACAGAGAGGAAGAGGAGCAGCUAGCUGAGGAGGUAAAGGAAAAAGCUGCCAUUGAGGAUGCAAAGAAAGAGGAAUCCAUGCCAGAGGAAGACCCAAAAGGCAUUCCUGAGUUCUGGCUCACCAUAUUCAAGAGUGUGGACAUGCUCAGUGACAUGCUACAGGAACACGAUGAGCCCAUCCUAAAGCACCUGAGAGAUAUUCAAGUCAAGUUUUCUGAGCCAGGACAGCCAAUGAGUUUCACAUUAGAGUUCCACUUUGAGCCCAAUUGUUACUUCAACAAUGCAGUCCUCACUAAAGUCUACAAGAUGAAGUCAGAGCCUGAUGCUUCAGAUCCUUUCUCAUUCGAGGGGCCGGAGAUCAUUGACUGUGAAGGCUGUCAGAUUGACUGGCACAAGGGGAAGGAUGUGACUGUGAAAACUAUUAAGAAGAAGCAGAAGCAUAAAGGCCGUGGCACUGUCCGUACUGUUACCAAACAGGUCCCCAACGACUCUUUCUUCAACUUCUUUAACCCUGUCAAAGCUUCACCAGAUGGAGAAAUGGACGAAGACUCUGAGUUCACCCUAGCCACAGACUUUGAGAUUGGUCAUUUCUUUCGUGAGAGAAUAGUUCCCAGAGCAGUGCUGUAUUUCACUGGAGAGGCCCUGGAAGAUGACGAGAGCUUUGAAGAGGAGGAGCUGGAAGAGGGAGAUGAAGAGGAGCAAGAUGAGGAAGAUGACGACGAUGAUGAGGGAGACGACCCCAAGGCAUAAUCAAUCAUUCUCACCCCAUGCAAUUUCUAGAAAGAACAGCCCCAGCCUGCCGAAUGCAAACAGCAGUAACCGUGGUGAUCAGGAGGAGGUGGAGACGUGCUGUCUGUCAAAUCUGUUCUUAGCCACACAGCAAGUCCUCUUACUCUUGCAGGCUCCGCUCCUUAUGAACUUUCAUCUGAACGCAAUAGAACGCAAACCAAACUGCGUUUUUACUAUGUGCAUGACUUCUUUUUCUUUUGUCUGGCGCCCAUCUCAUCCUUUAUUUGGCUUCAUUCGUACUUUAAGCAGGAAGUGACUUGACUCUAAACUACCAUGGCAUCAGGGACAGUCUUGUUCUUUGAGGUGGAGUAGGUGACUACUGCUAGGAACCUCAGAACAUCAUCAUAUGGAAAAUAGGUAGGACAGGCAUGGAUCCCAACUUUAGUUUUCAUCAAAAAAUAAAUCAGUUACUCAGGGUUUUUUAAUGCCAAGAAGAGAAGUGCUAGGUUACCAGGAAACUGUCUGACUUAAUCUUUCACUGCGAUUGCUAAUUGUUUUUCUUUUGUUUUGGUGUUUUUAAAGAGGCACACAAUGGAUCAUUUUGAAUUUCAUUUACUUUUUUUUUAAAUGUUCAUUGUCAUGUCAUUGGACUAUUUAUUCUGGUUUCAUGCAGCUGUCUAUGUGUGGUGCAUUUUGGGAACUCUGCUGCAGUCAUAGGCUCAUUUUCAUUGGUUUAAUGGUCAUCAGCAAUGUGAAUACCGCCGAGUCAUGUUUUUUUUUUUUUUUUUUUUACUGUCGAAAUUAAGACAUGUGUUCUGCAUUAAUGCUGCUCACUUCUGCUCAGAUCUGUUGGGCUUAACAAGCAAUUCAACUGAACACGUACACUAGUUAACAUAAUGUGGCAGAAAUGUGGUUAAACCUCAAAACUGUCAUGUAUAGCUCUUCCCUGUCUGCCUCAAUCACCCCUUUUUGAAUAAUGAUGACAAUUUGACCAAUUUAAGAAAACCAGAAGGGCUGUCCUCGACUAAAGAAAUGCUUAGUUGACUAACACUUGCAUAAUUUAAUCGACAGAGCUGUGCGCUUGGAGAGGUGGUUAAGACUAGAAAAGCACAAUAUAAAUGUAGUUCAUUAACUAUCUGUAAAACUGAGUUUCUACACAAUUAAUCCUGCAAAACCCCCACUUUAAAUCUUGCGCUCACCAGAAAUGUGCUCAUAAGUUUCUUGAAACUGAGGAACUAAGCACGAAUAAGCAUAAAGAAUGACUUAUCAACUAAAGAAAUCUUAGUCGAGUAAGACCAAAAGGACAGAUUAGUCGACUAUGAGGGGACAGCCCUAAAAACCAGACCAUUGAAAACACAAUUCUCUCUCUUCUCUCCUCUUGGGUUAAUCUCAGUUUGUCAGAUUCACAUACCCCAAGCAUUUCAUCCAGUCUGGUGAUUAUCUCCGUUAAAGAUACCACAUUCAACCAGACAGAGUGGCAGAGUCGCGAUCUUUACUGGUUGUCAUCACUUCUGGUAUGCAUCCAGUUCUUACCAAAUGUCAUUUACAGUCAGCGAUGAGACCGGGUGCAGGAUGUUUGGAUCACGUGUAAAAUUCUGUUGCCGAGAAGCCAAAAUGAAAGUCAAAACACACCGUCCUCUUUUAUUCAAUUGUUUGCCAAUUGUCAUUAACACAGUGUAAUCUAAUUCAGCGUUUAAAUUUGUUUGAGAAUAUAUCAAUAUUUCUGUUAUUGUCUAAAGAUUCGGUAGAAUGUCUGUGGAAACAAAUAGAGGUUGCCAAUGUAUUUUAUAUACUGCCAUUGGAUUUCGCUGUAUUGGUUGGACACCUUUGCCAAGUCACUGGACAGCGAGAGCAAUUGCUGCGAAAAAUGAUACCCAGCCCUUUUCUCUCUUUUUAAAAAGAACGAUUGUACAUCUUGUUGGACAGAUCUCUCCGAGCCACGGUUGACAUGUUCAAAUCAGCCACAUUGGACCGUGUGCUAGAAAUGGCCUUAACUGGUUCUUAUUCACAAUUUGUUACUUGCGCAAUAUUUCUUUUCAAUUUGUACAGAGUUAGUUAAAAUAUUCUAUUAAAGUUGUGCGACAUGGA